UACCGCGACGCUGCGAGGAAUGGAGAUGGUACGCAGCUGAAAGUAUCUACGUUGUGGCGUAUUUCGUCUUUUCAUUUCUCCAAUCCUUAAAAGCAAAGACAAAAUGGACUGUUAAGGCAAGUAUGAAGUAAAUAUUUUGCAUGAGUAAUCGCCCGCAAGCCACAUGUUGUUGCGGUAUGCAAUGGUUGAGCGAUCAGCGCCAUGCAUGGUCGAGUUGUCAACAAACUUAAUACAAGCUUCUAGUAUCUGUUCAAUUGAUUGAGACCUUAAGCUUUCCUUCGAAAUAAGCGUGAUGAAAGACACAUUUUGCGAAGCAGUAAACGAUGUGGACCUCAAAAGGUUUCUUAAAGGCGAAAUGUUUGGAUGCGCAAACAAUCUCUGUUCUCCUGUUCGCUGUCUUGCGUCAAAUUUUCUGCUUACGCGCUUAUACGUUGGUUAUCUGUAGUUACAAAGCAUUUUAUUCUGGCAGGCCUUUAAUUUGCAUUUGCGAUUCGAGUUUUUAUGAUAGAAAACGGCAGACUUUAUAUCUUUUCUCCACGCACUGCUUUACGACGCGAACGUCAACUGCAGUGUUAAUUCAGGACGGAUACUCCUGGCUUUUUUAUCACAGUUCCUGUCAGACUCGGAUUGCAAAACGUUAAGCUUAUAUUUCCUAAAGUUUGUGACGCCAUCAUCAUUUAAGCUCUUCUUGUUUUCCGUCGUUAUUAAGCUUAUGUUCUAUUGUUUAAGCUUUUGUUUCCGCAUAAUAAAUAAGUUUUCCAAACGAAUUAAUGCAUGAAGCUCAGUGACAGUAGUAUGUUCUGACAAAACAAACAAUGAAAACAUAGUAAAGUAGAGUUGUUUUUCCCAUAACUAUGGAAUAUAGACCAGAAAGCAUUUCAUACCAAAUUUUCUUCCAAAUAGCUUUCUUGCCAGAUUCACAAUGUUUUUUUUUUUCUUGAUGGCCCCAGGUGGCACCAUAAAAUUCAGAAAUUUUUGAGGUCAGAACCAUUCCUAUGAAUAUCCACACCCCUCCCUAGACUUUUUAAAACUCGUUUAUUUUUUUCCUGGUUGGUUAUGCCAUUUUAAAGGACUUUUCAUGCCUGUUUGGCACAAAAUUCUCUGCUGGAAAAUUCUAUUGAUUACAUCAUGAUAAUUGACCAAUAGGACAGUAAGUGAUAUUUCACGCCGCUCCCAACACAGCAUAUGUCAUUCAUUUUUUUCCCACGUGAAUUUAUAUUUAUGAUUCAAAUCCAUUCAGGCAAAACAAGUCAACCUUGAGACUUUGUCGCUGGCUCUGUCACUGGGCAACCUCAUGCAUUAAAGCCCGCUUUGCUCACUUGUAUGAACUUAUGAGAGGUCAACUUGUAGCAAGUCUAACCUCUCCCCUGGUUGAUGAGAUGCAUUUUGUGAAAGUUGUCUGUAGGAGAGAAGACCAGAUUUUCUGAGAGGAGGAAGCAGAAAAGCAAAUAUUUCUUAAGGUUAUAAGACGUUUUGAGCACAGUUUCUGAGAGGAUAAAUGCGUAUCAAUGCUUUUUUCCAAGUGUUUUGGGCAAACACUCAGAAUUUUUUUAAAGUUCAGGGAAAUUUCAAAGUAUCUCAUCAAUUUAGGGGAGUGGAUAUGAAACUGAAUGGCCCUCAGUAGUGGAAUUGUUGCACUUUAAGGGAGGCACCAAACAGACUACAUCAUUUUUGGACCAGUCUGGCCGAAAACUCAGCUGUGAGCCAUUUAUACGAGCAGUUUGCAUCUUUUUAAGCUGUGCUAGUAUAAACGGUUCCCUUUACGUCUUGUGUAAGCCGCGGCCACAGUAAGCCGUAACUUAUUUUCUCUGGUAUAAACGGCCCUAUUGUUGUUGUUUUUAAAAAGUUUCAUUCAGUGUUCAGACACCUAAAAAUUCUAAAGUUGUAGCCAUGUUUUGCCAAGUUAAAGCAACUUGAGGUGUCUACAGAUAGGUAACAGAUGAAAAACUCUUUGACUGGUUGAUGUAGCUUCUCAAUCAUCACGUGAGUAUUUCGUGAAGAAAUUCAUUGUUAAAUAUUGCACACAAUUUCGUUGUCAGUUUUGAACACAAUGACAAUCUUUGCUUGUGGCAUUUGACAAUUUGAUCGUCAAAGGGAAAAUGGUUUGACCUUUUGUCAGACUCUCGUAGCAAAUUCUGUAAGGAAAUGUACAGAGAUUAUUCUGAGGAAUUCAAGUGUGGCUACUCGCAUGUAAAGGGUUAAAAUUAAAAUAUCUUGAUUGUUAAAUAAAUUUUCCUCAUCAGCACAUAAGGCUUAAAAGGUUAAUAGUAUAAACUCUUCUGUCAGGUUAUCAUACCAGGAUUACAGCAAAGAAGAACAAGAGGAUGAAUCCACAAUUCUGCCGUCCGUUUGUUAUGAGACCCAAGCUUGUCCCUGUUGUUGUUAGACCCACUGUUCCAGCUGAUUACAGAACAUUAAUUGAUCCACCUUCUCCUACAUAUAACAUUCCUCUGUUUCCCAUCCCUCUUACUGCUAAUGCUGCCCCAACAACACGAAAAACCAGAUGGGAACUAGAAAAGCUGGGCAGUCCUACUGAUGGUCUUACCAAAGAGUUGUUCUUUGAGCUUGCAGCACAGAAGAACGGUAUCAGAAUUGGAAAGGAGCAGAAUAAAGGUGAUAGAAAUUACUUUAUUAUAUAGACACGAGUGUUUUACUGGAAAAUAUACCGCUCGUAAAAUUCAUAAAAACUACAUCCGGAACCUGAGUGGUUUAUUUUCCAUAAUCUCACACGUGAGUUUAUCGAUGACGUAAUUUUGGUCAUUUCCCUCUAUUAUUUUAUUGAUGUCUUUUUGUCUAUAUAAUAAAAAGAACAUUACAUGGCGGCUUGAGGAUAUGAAUUUUAUUUUCUCGUGGCAAAAACAAAAUUUUACUUACUCGCCGCGCUCAUUCGCAAAAUAUUGUUUUGCCACUCGAAAAUAAAAUUCAUAUCUUUGCGCCACCGUGUAAUAUCCUCUAUGUAUGUGUUUGGUCCACAGUUGUUUAGUCAAACCUGUUCUAUAAGCCUCUAAGAAAUGGCCACAAAGUGUUUUCCUGGUCACCAUUUAUUUUUUUUAGAUUUCAACCAUGGUUGCAACUUAAUUGUUGUUGAAGUAUUUGUUUUUCCUCAGUUUGAUUCCAUUCUUUUAAAUCAUAGAAAUGAUGCCUCACUAUUACUGUUGCUUCCCUAGAGCUUGUAGGUCCACUUGAAUUUUCAUUUUAUAAUGUAUGAUGGUGCCUGCAAGGAGCUACAGUGUAUUAGAAGUACUUUUUAUAUUGUCAGAAAUGACUCCUGGGUUCAAACCUUUCACAGGUUAAUACACAGUAAUGAUAUAAUUUUUUGUCCUGGAAAGUACAUGUACUGUUGGUUAAUAAUGGUUCACUGACCAUAGGACUUUAUCUCUCCUUGACAGCUGGAGCAACAGCAAAGCAGAGUGGUUCUCUGGAGGACUUUAAAAAGAUUGCUGAGAAAAAUGGAAUAACUGUUUGCCCAGCAGGUAAUGAAAUACUUAGGAAAACCUAGAGGUGUGAUAUUAUUACAGUUGUACUUGGAUAUUCUAUAAAAUUAAUAUUGGAGAUGAUCAUUUGCAAUCUUAUUUGCCCUAUAAAAGAACUAAUGUAUUCCUGUUCUAUAAUACCAGCAGGUUCAAAAGAUAAAGUAGCAGUCACUAGUGCUUAUAGUUCAGUGGUGGACAGUACAUCAGACGCUGUUGGGGGAGAUGAAGGAGCGCUCAUUUCUACAACAUUGGCACAAGUUGUGCUAUCAAGCAGCAGUUUGUCAGCAGAAGCAGAGAGUUGGGAAAACUCUUGUAGAGAGACACAUUUUGGAAAAGUAGAGAAUGCUCCUGAGGCUACUGGAAGUGCAAGUGGGUUUGAAGCAGAGGUGGAAAAAGAAAUGAAUACUACGUUUCCUGUUAUUGAUCUUUUCAAGAAUACUGUGGCAGGGAAUUGCCUCAGAAUUGAAGAAACAAAGGACUGUGAGAAAAUUCAGUCAGUUCAGGGUUAUAAUCUUUCUAAGGAAUGUGAAGUCAUCGAUGAGGAAACUGUACAUUUUGUAGGAAAACUGUCGACAGAAAAUAAACCUGUCACAGGGUCUUAUGAACCAGUUGUGAGUUUUGAAGCCCCAGGAAAACCUGAUGCACUUCAGUGUGAAAGUUUUGAAACAAAAACUCUUGAAACAGGAAUGGGAAAAACAAGCUCAAAAGACGAAUCUGAAAACCUAGAUGUAGAGAAAAAAGAAGAGAGUUUUGAAACUGACAAGGCAUCAUGUGAGACUACUGCUUCUUCAGGAACUGUGCUCACAAGUGAACAUGUUGCAGCAGGUGAAAGGUCUUUGACAGAAGCUGCUCAAAUCACGACAUUUCAAGAACUUGCCCGCCUCAAAGGUAUUAAGGUUGGCAAUGUUUCAGGUGAAAAUUAUUCAACUACUAAUUCCUACAAAGAGCUGGUCUCAGGGGCUGAAAGUGUAGCAGAUACUCAAGAGGACCAAGAUGCUCAAAUUGCCAAAUUUCAAGAAAUGGCUAGAUUGAAUGGGAUUAAAGUAGGUGAUGGUAAUCCUAGCAAGAACUCUGGUGACAGUUCUUUGGAACAGCUUGAAUUUAUAAUGGAUGAGAACGCACAAGGCAGUGAUUAUUAUACAGACAUGUACACAUGUCCUUAUGAGCUGGACCCAGAUCCGCAAAUUGCCUUGUUUCAAGAAAUUGCGCGUUUGAAGGGUAUUAAAGUAAGCAAUUCAAGAUCUUCGUCGCAUUGCUCUAGUUCGCCUGCUCCUGGUGAAGAUCUCUUCUUCCCUCAAGAAGACAUGCUUGAUCUCCCGGCAAAGCAUUCUGUUGUUACAAAGAGAGGUGUCUUUGAGGAACUGGCAAAAAGAAAUGGAAUAAAAGUUGGGAAAAGUACUGAAACACCUGUUAGUGCAAAAAAGUGCCGUAAUGAUUGCGUUGCGACACCUCCAGUUACCAGUGUUACACAAGCUAGUACGCAAACUGAUGUCACCGUUGUGUUCGAUCGUUGUUGUCAAACAGGCAUGGAGACUAACAAGACCAUAGGGGUUCAAGUGAGUGCAUCCAAAGAGGCUUUUGAAGAGGAGUAUCUGCUAUGGAAACUUGAUGACAAAGCCACUGAAGAUGAAGGAGACGAUUUGUGUUAUAAAGAUUUGUACUUUGAUGAAAAGAAAUUGCGGGAAGAACUGAAUACAUGUCUUCAAAAUGAAAAGGAUGUGUCUGCCAAUGCUAGACAUAACCACAAGCGAGUUAUGGAUCAGUUAAAAGAGGAUAUUAGUGGGAAAUCUGAGGAAGUUGAGGUGAGUAUAACUUACAUGCACGCAGCAAACGUUCAGGCAAGGAUUACUGUGAGGUGCACAGCCUGUCUUGAACAUGCACAUUGUGUGCAUCUUCUUAUCCUGCACCAGGGCUCGAAAUUAAAAAAAAUGUCUGGUCGCAAAUUUGCGACUAGUUACGAAAAUUUGGUCGCAACUUUGAAAAUGUUAGUCGCGAAAUUAAUUGAGACCAUUUAAUCAAGAAAUAAGUAGGCUUUUAAAUGAUUAACGCUUUAAUUUUCAUUCUUUCAACAGCUUUCAUGUAAUUUCGAGACUUAAUAGUACAGAACGUUAAGCGUCUCGGACAACACCAGUUCAUCUAAACGAUCAAGUUGAACCUGCGUUAAGGCACAUAAAUUAGUGUCUGUUAUUUUAGUCAAAGCGAUAGAUUUCCAAAUCAUGAACAGAUAUUACAGCAGGAAACUGCAGUUCUUAAAUGCCUCCAAUCUCUGCAAAAUAGCAAUAACAUUUGUACUGGGCGGACAUCCGACAUGGUUAUAGGUUACGUUACGUAACUAAAUUCCUUUAGUUUUACCUUUUGCAGGUUUUCCACCGAUGACAAAACAAGUAACGAAUUCUUUUAUAUAUUAAGCUUUACAUCUGAAGUAUCAGGGGUGUUACUACAGUGAUUAUUCAAAGAACCCUGAAGGACUGAAUCAUUCAAUACGACGACACGUGCCAUGCGGACAUUCCGCCAUCUUUGUUUGCUAAACCUCGUUUUCAUGUAUACGUAGAUUCAUCUCGAGCAAGAUUACUGUAUCAUGGUUUUGGCUGCUGACUGAUUAAACGUGAGAAUUCCUCUUGUUUUCUUGAGUAUAUAACUUUCGCUCGGUCGAUUUCUUCGUUUAAAAUGUGACCUUUAAGUCGCUUUCAUCCGACAUAAUUGAAUCACUAAAGAAGAACACAUGUGUACUGUGAGGGCCGUAACGCCGGUCAUAAACGCGGGAAAAGUCCUCAGCAUGCUGGCGGGACUGUCAGCGGCAAAUCAAAACGAAAUAUGAGCCUGUAAUGUACAUGUUUACAGAACCCGCUGAAAAUGGCGUGCUGUUGAAGGAAUAUCGUUGCGUGUAUGCAUUCCAGGUAAAUUACGGUAAACCUUCAGAUUGUAACAAAAUUAUAAGACGCUACUUCAAUGAAUCUUUUUAUUUCUAAAUUUAUUCAAGCAAAAAUUCAAGUGCUAGUCCUUUUAUUUCGUAUCAGUUAAGGCAAAACCUAGUCGCAAAUUUGCGACUACUCUCGUUUUUCCAGUCGCAAAUAAGAAAAUUAAGUCGCAAAUGCGACCGUAUCGGUCGCAAUUUCGAGCCCUGUGCACCCUGUAUUAUUUUCUUUUGCUUUUGUUUUGCCGGCACAUUGUCAACAGACUGUUUAGAGCAAAGGCUUUUCUUUGUAGCAACAAUAAUUUUUAUUGUUUUUUAGAAAAAUUUAAACACUAAAAGGUAGCAAGGGAACACUUGACAGACCCUUUCUGGGCCCUAACUUAGUUUAUCUAAUCAUUAGAAGUUGUUAUACUUAAAACCAGAUUGCCUCUCUUUGUUUUCAGAAACUAAAGAAAGAUCUCAAAACACUUAAAAGACACAAAGAAACUGAAAUCAAACGAAUAUCAAAGGAGCUGAAGUCCAAAGAAGAAGACCUGGAGGCCACUAAAAUUGCCCUACAACUCAAGGAAGCUGCAUUGGAGGCCCUGAGGGUAGUAGCUCAAGAGCAAACUGCUAAGCUGAAGUCUCUGGAAGAACAGCUAGAUGAUAUGAAGACAACUCUGUUAGCGGCCAAGAAGAGCAAUGACUGUGAAGCAUGGUUGGUAUCUCUUUCUACAGUUUUCAUCUACUAAACUGUUGAGAACCUUUGAUUUCAAGGGCUCUGUCAAAUGGAUCCAACAGCAUCUAGUGUUAGUGGGUCCAACGAAAUUGCAGGGUUUUAAAAAACUUGAAUUCCAGCUUGUCCUUUGAGCAAGCAGCUCUUACAUUUUGCUUGCCCAAAGCCUGCGAGCAAGCUCUCUGGGGUGCUCUGGCGGUGGGGCAGGAAAAGAAAGGAGAGCUUGCAACUACGUCUAUGGAAUUUGAAUAUCUGCAUUGAAAAAGUUGAUACAAAAUGCUGAUUGGCAGAGGUGACAUUGAUGAUGAUGUCAUUACCCUUGGCACAGGUUUUUCAAUGUUUGUUUACAUUCGGGUUCAUUAUACCUUCACGCCGAUUGACGGAAAUCUGACAGCUCAGUCAACGGGGAGCCACAUGGGAAUUGCAGGUGGAAUUCAAAUUCCAGAGACAUAGUUGCAAGUUUCCUUCCUUUUCCCACCCCACUGCCAGAGUGCCCUGAAGAGCUAGCCCCGUUCACAGGCUAGCUUGCCCAGGGCUACUUCAUGGUAAUGUGGUUUGCGUAAAGAGACAGUCAUCUUUAUUAAUCUCCUCUUUUUUUCUUCUCAGCUUGAAAAGAAGAACAGAAGCUGAAGGUGAAGGUGAAACUACAGGCCUCAAGGGCAGUGACCAGGAGAAACAGAAUAAUGAUGGCUGGACAGUUAUUGUAGGGAAAAAAUCAAAGAGUGCCAUGCAUAAACCAACACUUGACAGAAAAGAACAGUCUGUGCAGCAACAUAAAGACGUGGACCAAUUGUGUGAGAUUAACUUGAGAAGUCCACCUCGUUCAUAUAGGCAGUCUGUUGGUCAGAAAUCAAGCGUCAGUGAUGAGCAAGAUACCAGCUCAUGUAAUGCCGAAUCUUCUGAGUCAACAGGAGGCAACAAUGCCUGUGGUGAAGCAAAAUCCCCUAUUAGUGUGACACCCACUCAAGCAAGAAACAUCACAAGGGCAGAAAAUUUGAAAGAAGUGCCAUCAACAUUGUCAAGUUCGGCUCAAGAACCACUUUUGUCAUCAGAAAAAAAUCAGGAAACUGUCCUCAGCGAUACCAAUUCAAAUGGACAACAGUUUCCCAUGAACGUACAUUCUAGUAAUGGUCAACAACCAGUGCCUAUGAUUGCUCCACCAGGGUUUGCCACACCAGCUACCCCAUUCCCUGUCGUUCCUCCAGAACUGUUAUCCCAGUAUUUGUGUAGCCUACAGAUGAUACAAAAUGGUGUUGCUUCAGGUGGUGGGCUGCCUAAAAAUUCUGCACCACUACGCCGUCCCCCUGGUCUUAACACUGAGCCUGUACCAGAGGGGGAAGCACCGGAGCAUUCCCCUCCCUCCGCGGGCAAGUUCUCCUCUUUUGAGAAGCUUAUGGAGGCUCUCCAGAAGAGGUUUCCUAGCAAAACCAGGUAAAUAUCAGUCCAGAUUGUGUUUUUCAUGGGUGAGACAUUUCUUACUAUUAAUGUGACCGUGUGAUACAGUUAAGCCUUAAUGUGUUGCUUGUGAUGGACUGUGUGACUGCGAGAUAGGGUUCGCAAGUCCAACCCACAAAAACGACCCUUGCUCGCCAACGAGUCCUCAGUAGCUCAGAGGUUAGAGCAUCCGAUCUAGAAUACGGAGGGUCGUGGGUUCGAAUCCCAUCUAGGGCUCAGAUUUUUUUCUGUGUCCUCUUAUGGUUGAUUCUUUACAUCUCCCUUUAUUUCCUUUAUAAUGAUUGUGUUUUUACCAACAUUUUGUCAGGGGCUUUAAUUUUCAUUUUUGCAACGAACUCUACAAAAUUAAUUUGCUAUCAGCGAAAAUAUCAAGAGAAUUUGUAAAUUACAGAAUAUCCAGUCUAUGAGUAUUGAUAUGUCUUGUCUGUCUAGAGAUCCGUAUCCCUCUUUCAAAUCUCAACUUCGAUGUCAGAAUUCUCGUUCAGGGUCAUUGUGUUGUCAUUGUUACCCUUUUUUACUUUAAAGUUGACAUUGAACAAGAUGCAAUGCGCAAACCCUUGGUAAUCAAGCAAGAAACUGAAUAAAUUGAAUGAUUUUGCUCCUUUUUACUAUUCCUAGUAUAUUGGAAUAACUGUCAAGGGGGCAUCUAUGAGACAGGGCGGUGUUAAUUAGAGAAGAGCGUCUACAAUUACAAACGUAAGGUCGUAGAGAGAGCGUUUAUUGGACAAUAGGCGUUUAUUUGAGAUGGGGUGUCAGUGAGAUCAUUUACGGUAAUUUCCACUCACCGGUUACAGUGUCACUUGCACACACCCCUUCCCUUUGCAAGUCAAUCAACAUUUAAUCACCGCCACGUACAGGAAAAGAAGUGUGUGAAGACUUGAUGCGUUGUAGACUAGUGUUUGUGCCAUCUCUAUUCAGGCAGGAAUUGAUCUUGUAUCUAAAGAAAGCAAAGGCAGUCUGUGGUUCAGCUGGCUUCAGAGGCAAGCAGAUACCUGAUGUGGUCCAGUGUGUGGAGGACUUGGUUGAGCUUGAGGUAUUGUUAAUCUUCCCUUAUCGCCACUCCUGCUAAUAUUAAUUUUAAGCGUUCAUUCUAAAAUUCUACAUAGUGGCACAAAUGUCCAACUGUCUAUAAGAACGGGGCAUUUUCUGAACAGAAAGUAUCAUUAUUUCAAGAAGUAACUGUUUUUGCUUAAAGACAUUGAAUGUUUUUCCUUUGUUGACUAGUGUCUCAAUCUUGGUCCUUUGCUUUCUUAGUUGGCUUCUUAGCUUUAGGUUUGGAUUCGUCCGGGGUUUUUUUUUAUUUUUGAGCUCUAUCUCCGGUACUUCUGGCUUAAUCAGAAGCACCGUUAUUGAAGAAUUUUCGCGGUACGCCAUAAUAAUCUACUUUGAACUGAAAUUUGUCAGUUGUUAUGUUAUGUGUGAAACUGGAAAAACGACAUGGUGGACACAACUGCAACGAUCCACCAUUACGACAAAUACGCGGUUUUUUGUUUGAAUCAACAACGAAUGGAAGUCUAUUUUACUAUCAUUGUGUAGGGACAUUGUGAUGCAUUUGUUUUGCUUUGUUUUGUUUUUUUUCUUUUUGCGUCAGUUAAGACCUGGGUAAGCCCCUCUUCCUUUCUUGGAGAAAGAGUUCAUGAACCCUUAAAAUCCCAAGGCUGACCAAGAUCAAUUUUCUCCUAACAGUAGAGAGCUUUAGAUUCAGAGACAAGGAAGGCUACGAGUACGAGAUUUUCUCAGCACUAAGUAGUCCUCUUCCGUUCCGGAUAGCCGUCGUCAUUCUACCACUAGUUUUGUGAAGUGAAAUCAUUUUGCAACCGGGAAAAGGCUAAACUUCUCCAAUAAAAAUAACCGCUCUUAUUUUUCAGGUGAAAACUAGUACGAUGAAGCUUUUUGUAUUGAAUAUUUCUCGAGAAUACGCGCAAAAACUUUAAGUUAAAUCUCGUAUUCGUUCUCGCCCUCUAAUCUAAAGCUCUCUGAUAUCAAUACAUUAUCCAGUGGAGAGGUUAUGAGAAUUGAUGAAAUGAUCAUCUAUGGGAAAAUGCUGUGAUCUUUUUUUCAAAUUCUCUCAACUCGUUCCUUAAGAAAAUGUAUGGAGAUCAAUUUGGAGAAUUUGAGUAUGGAUAUUGGGUCUCAAACGGUUGAUAAUAGAACUCCGAGAAAGUCUGUGUCCAGCGUAGGUGUAGUUUAGUUUUCUAGUACUGUAAAGCUGCGUGCUGUAACUAACAUACCCUUAAUGACCACGGAAUUAGUUAAAGCAAGUGAUUUCUCUGUCGUCUCAUAUAUUUUAUUUAUUUAUUUUUAUUUUCUUUGUUACAGGGAAGUCAAGAGUCAGAGGGAAGGCAGGAGUAGCCGGCUGAUCACCUAAAUACCUCGUUGUUUUGUUCAAAAGCAUGUGCUUUGGCUGGCGGCUAUUCCUAAAGCUUGCUCCCAUCUACAGUGGUCGUGACUAUGAGUCCUCUGUAGGAAAAGUAAUAACUUGUUGAUGUUCAAAUGCACCGUUAAACUUUGCUGGGCACAUGACCGAUUUUCAAGUUAACAAUACUGUUGAGUAGCCAGAGUUGUGCUUCCGAUAAGACCAAGCUGAAGAAUUGAAAGAAGUUUUCGAUUGACAAGUCCAAACGCAAAUAUUCCGCAAGAUCAUUGUAAAA